ACAAAAUAAUAAUUGUUAUGUAAAAAUGUAACUAUAGGAUAUCUGUAAUUGAAAUAGAUUGCAUAUAAGUGACCGUUUAAUGAAUUAAUUGGCACGCCUUUCAAGUUAGUUAGAAAUGUCAAUCGAAAGACAUUGACAGUUCUAUAAAGUUCUAUCUAAAGAUGAAGUGUACUACUAUUGUAAUCAUUUUAUUUCAUUAUUGUUUAAGUAUUUUGCAAGAAGUCUUUUCCAACAGCAUUUUCGAAGGAAAUAUCAAAAACCAGACGAAAAAUGUUAUGAAACCAAGAGUAGUAUUACCAGAUAAUUACGUUAAAGAAAUUCGACCACCAUCAAAGAAAGGUGUACCUGUGACAGUAAAUUUUAGUAUUUUCGUCGUAGACAUCAAUUCGAUCAACGUCGAGGACAUGGAUUUUAGAGUAGACAUGUUCGUUCGUCAAAGUUGGACCGAGUCAAGACUUUACAUGCCAGAUGACAUAUUUGAAGAUGGUGAUGAUUACGUUACAUUUCCACCAGAAUUUUUUGACAAUCUUUGGCAACCCGACCCAUACUUCCUGAAUUCCAAAGUAUCUGAAAUCGCAACCUUAAACCGUAAAUUCUCUUCAGUCACACUCUACAGAAACAAAACAGUAAGAUAUUCAGCACGUAUGCACGCAAUAAUAGCGUGUCAAAUGGAAUUUCAACUUUAUCCGAUGGACAUACAAGUUUGUCCUAUUUACGUUGAAAGUUUUUCUUACAACAGUCAAAAGUUACGUUUGAGAUGGGACGACAGUGGUGGUGUAACAGUUAAUCCUGAAUUAAAAUUGUUACAAUACAAUAUAGGAAAACCUGUUGUCUUUGAAGAGAUUACUCAUUAUAUGUUGGAAAAAAAUGGUAAUUUCUCAAGGUUGGUGGUAUUAUUUCGAUUUGAGAGAGAAAUUGGGCAUCAUUUGAUACAAACGUUUGCCCCAUCAACGUUAGUAGUGAUGUUAUCAUGGUUCAGCUUUUGGUUGGGUUUGGAUGCUAUUCCUGGACGUGUUGCACUUUUAGUUACAAGUAUGCUUACAUUAGUAACAAUGUUUACUGGAUUGAAAAGUGAUAUUCCACCGGUUGCUUAUGUUAAAGCGUUGGAUCUUUGGAUGGCGGGUUGUAUGAUGUUUGUAUUUGCUGCUUUGGGAGAAUUCGUGGUAGUCAAAGUACUCGAUUUGCGUUAUCAAUUCGGAAGUGAUUUACAAUCGUCAAUCUUACCUCGAAGUUUUCAAACACGAUCAACUUCAACGGACAAAGGACAAAAUUUUGGAUUUUGGGAUUAUGAUACAAUGUAUACACCAAAAUAUAAGGCCAAACGAACAGGAAGUAAAAAUCUUUUACAAACGUGGCUCGAUCUUGAAACAUCUCCGUUGUUUCCUUCAAGAAUUAGAUCACAUAAAAUAGAUCGUUAUAGUAGAAUAGGAUUUCCUAUUCUUUUUCUAUUAUUCGUAGUUAUAUAUUGGCCAAUACUUUUACUCAAAAAAACAGCAUGAUAUAAGUUUAUGUUUUUUUUAUUUAAUUAAUGCCACGUCAAUCAACUAUUUUCAGUAUUAAUUGACUUUGUUUUGGCACAUUUUAACAAAUAAUUAAUUAUUAUAAUAUUGUAAUAGUUUAACGAUACCAAUAUACACAACGUUGUGUACGCGGCGUAUAACGCUAAAUUUUUUUAAAUAAAAUAAUUAUUAGAAAAAAU